CCUGUCCAAGAGCUCGACACUAGCGCCACUGCGGAUCAAACAGACGAAACAACACUAAUUCCACGUUGGAUUGGGUAGUCCUAUGAUCAUCAUGGAACUGGCCCCGUCCCCUGACCGGGUCGACCCGCUCCCUGAACCCAGUUCAACCGCCGCUCCUUUGAGUAAAAGGGCACAGAAGAAGAUUCUCAAACGUGAAAAAUGGUUGGCCGAACGGCCUCAACGGCGAGCUGAAGAGAAGGCCAAACGCAAGGCCAAGCUCGAGGCCCGUAAACGGGACAAUCCGGAUUCCCGGGACGAUGUGACCUACUCGCAAUCGCGAAAGAAGCUCAAAGAAAUCAAGAUGGCUGACAGUUCAUGCCGGGUGGGCGUGGUGGUGGAUAUGAGCUUUGGGCAUCUGAUGCAUCAAAGAGAUUUGGGCAAAUGUUGCAAGCAACUAUUGCAUUGCUACAGUAUGAAUCGACGAUUGGCUCAUCCGAUGCAAUUCUACGUGACCAGUUUGAAAGGCGCCAGUUUGGACGAAAUGAAGCGGCAUCACGGGUUCGAGAAUUGGGAUGCUCACAUCCAUGAAGAGGACUAUGAGGCCGUACUUCCUCGGGAUAAAAUCGUGUAUUUAAGUAGUGAAUCAGAAAAUGUGAUAGACAAUUUGUCACCCGACCACUAUUACGUCAUUGGUGGCUUAGUGGAUCACAAUCACCACAAGGGAUUGUGUCACAGAUUGGCCGUGGAGAAAGGCCUCAAACACGCCCGUUUACCCAUCGACGAAUUCAUCGAUAUCAAAACCAGAAAAGUGCUGACGGUGGACCACGUGUUCAAAAUCCUGACCUCGGUCACUGAAGGUCACUCGUGGAAAGAGGCCUUUAUGUCAGUGUUACCUUCGCGCAAAGGAGCCGUAGAAAAGGCCGAAGGGGAAGAGCAAGAAAAUGAGCCCCAAGCAAAAAGUUCAGAAUAAAUGCAUAUAUUUAAUGAAAAAGCAUGGAAAACUUUUGCUCAUCUGAAUCCAGGAUUCCUAACUGUGGAGUACCAGGCUGAUAUCCACCGUGAUUAGUGUACUCUCUGUAAGGAUAAGGAGAUGGAUAGAAUACCGGAUAUCCAGGAUAGAAU